AUGCCAGCUGAAGACAUUGCCCCACCCACCAUGAGCCAACCAACUACCAACACUGCAAUCACCACUGCAUCCAUUCCCCCAACCUACCACAUGAACACUGAUUCUCAUACUGGCAAGAGGAACUGCCCAGCCUCCCCAGUUGCAGACACCAACCAUACUUCUAACCAGACCAACAGGAAAGUACAGAAACAAACCUCUGCCUCCUCUGCUCCUGCAAACAAACAUCUGAAUAUUAAACAACCCCCCCAAUCACCUGCAGCCCAACACCAAUGGGACUUUCUCAGAUUGGGUACCACUACCAUGGCUGAAAUUUUGGUAAAUGGUGUCAGGACCCUUGACAGCAGUUUCAGAAUCACUGCAACCUCACCAGGUGGCUUCCACACCCCCCAACUCGGUCAAUUAACAUGGGGCAAUGUCUCUCAAGUACUGAAGGAGAGGUGGCCCCAGAAGGAGGGUGCCAAGGCAUGGGUACACACCUACUGGGCUAAGCAUGAAAGCAAUGCCCAGAGCAUGGUGUGA